UCCUUCUCGCGCGGUCUCUUCUUCCUCUUUUUUUAUUCUCUUCUUCCGUUUUCUCCUCCGCUCUGCUCUACUCUCUCAUACGACCUCGGUGACGAAAGGGCCUUGACAAUAAAGUAAUCAUCCGUUGGAGCUCAAGGAUUCCUCGCCUGCGCGAGGAUAUCAUUUCGUCAAGUCGCCGCAUCGGCAACAUCGUGAUAUUAAGAAGAUAUUAGCGGAAGAAUGCGUCGUCAACUUUCGCUCGUCCUCGGGAUCGUUCUACUGGGCUGUCUUCAAGAUUACGCAUCCGGUGCGUGUCCCAGAGUAUGUCCGCCGAGCGGCGAACCCGUUUGCGGCAGCGACGGUGUCAUAUACGCGUCGCAGUGUGAAAUGCGGAAGAAGAUGUGCGGAAAAGGCGUUACCGUGGUCACGGACAAGACGGCUUGCCUGAGGUCAUCCGGUAGCAAGUGCGAGCACCGCUGUCCGGGCGAUCAAGAUCCCGUGUGCGGCACCGAUGGGCGUACCUACCUGAACAAGUGCAUGCUCAGGGUGGAGAUCUGCCGGGUCGGGAUCGAGCUGUCUCACCUCGGGCCGUGCAACAAUAUUUCGGCCCACAGGGAGAACUGUCCGGUCUCGUGCGACUACGCGCCGCUCGACGGACCGGUUUGCGGAAGCGACGGAAAUGUUUACAAGUCCACGUGUCAGAUGAAGCUGCUCACUUGCGGGCAAGGCGUCGUGCGUACGAAUAAGAAGCACUGCCAGACCACAAGACAUUGUCGUGAAUCGUGCUGGCGUGGUGCCAAGCCUGCCUGCGGUAGCGACGGCAUUUUGUACUCGAACACCUGCAAAAUGCGGGCGAAGAACUGCGGCAAACACGUCUUCGAAGUGCCGAUGUCAUUUUGCGUAUCUCGGGAACGGACGUCCGGAAGCAACGCGUGUCCCUUGGAUUGCAAAAACGAACCGGAAAUAUCAGUCUGCGGAUCGGAUGGGAACAUAUACAGGAACGAAUGCGAGAUGCAAAUGCUAAACUGCGGGCAUGCAAGAAGAAAGGUAACGGUAGUUGACUUCGAGAAGUGUCGGUCUCGGCUAACGAAAUGCAUGAAGCAACAGCUGAGAUGCGGAAGCGAGGUGGAUCCGGUUUGCGGUAGCGACGCGAAUACUUAUCCAAAUCAGUGCCAUUUGAACGUAGCGGUUUGUUUAAAGGGUAUCCAAUCGGCUCACGUUGGCGAGUGCACGACCUUGAAGGAGACCGAACAGUGUCCCGAAGAUUGCGCCGAAGUACCCGAGGAACCAGUUUGUGGAAGCGACGGCAACGUUUAUCGAUCCCUCUGCCAUCUGCGGCGCGAGACUUGCGGCCAGAGGGUGGUUCAAGUUCCGGCGCAACAUUGUCGCACCACCGCGCUCUGCAACCAGAUCUGCAGCGGGGAACGUCAAUUUGUUUGCGGCUCCGAUAACAAGCUCUAUCGCAACGAGUGCGAGAUGAAGAGGGACAAUUGCGGGAAACACGUGUACGUGGUACCUAUGAAGAGAUGCGUCCAGGGUUUCCUGUUUCGCGGCUGCCAAAAAAUCUGUCCGCCUUAUUACGAUCCCGUUUGCGGCACCGACGGCAUGACGUAUAGCAACGAGUGCUUCUUGGAGAUCGAGAAUUGCCGUAGCAGGAGUCUCGUCACGAAAAAGUAUCACGGAGUAUGCGGCCAACCGACGGAGGAGCCGAAGAAUUAUCUCUAUUAAAAUCGAUCGAGCUGGCACGACUCGACACGAGAGAGAGAGAGAGAGAGAAAGAGAGAAAGAGAAAGAUAGAAAAUGCGAGGAAAAAUCAUUCUACGAGAUAAUUUAACUCGUAUUUUUCAGAAUCGGGAAGCGACAAUUGCUGUACAUUCACUUGUCAUAUGUCGUCUUCAAAUAUUUAAUAAUUGUUCGGCGAACCAGCUGCAAAUUCGACGAAUUCCGAUCGAUCAAGUAUUUUGGCGUUUGAUUAAUCGAUCGUAUAAUUCGCGACUCUAGACGCCAUUCAAACACACAAGCGCGAUGCGAUAAAUAAAUAUACGUAGGCUCGGACAUUUGAUAUCCUGAAUGAUCCAAAACGCGCUAAAUUUCCAUGGCGGGAAGCGUGUUCGAAGAAAAACAAUACAUCUUGCCAGUCGCAGAGUUCGAAUUGUUGUCGUAUUGUUACUGCUAUUUCUACGAUAAUAUUCGUCGCGAUUGCCAAUUUUCCCUUCUCCGGUAUAAUAUAUCGCGCGAAAUAAUUCGCGCGGCAAAAUUAUGGUUCGCAAAUCGCUAUUGUAUGUCAAAGUUAAGGAAAAUCAUUUUUUUUUAUUUUUUUAACUGGGAGUGGAAAGGAGGUUUCGCCAAUUACGAUAUAGUCUUUUCGAUAUACUUUACAUAUACUUGACGCGCGAUGUAGAUUCAUUAUUAUUUAUUGUAGAGCAUUAAUCAUUGCGUAUGCGUUUUUUGACGCGAUUUUUCAUUUUUUUUUUUUUUUUUUUUUUU